CUGAACCCUAAGAUGGGCAGCUCCUCAUCAGAGUCUCCACAACCGCUUUAAACAGAGCUGACCUGCUACAGAAAAGGGGUCUUUACCCUCCUCCUUCUGGAGAGAGUGAGAUCUUGGGUCUGGAGGCCAGCGGUGUGAUCACUGACAUCGGUCCUGGGGUCAAAGAGAAUUGGAAACUUGGAAGUGAAGUAAGGGCUUUACUCGGAGGAGGAGGCUAUGCAGAAUAUGUUGCAGUUCCAGAAGAACACGUCAUGCCUGUCCCAUCACCCCUCACUCUACCAACUUCUACACUUCAUCGCCAAAGUGAAGCCGAAUGAGAUGGUGUUGAUUCAUGAGCCGUGUGAUUCCAGUAGUAACAGCAGGGAGUUCGGAAAAGUUACAAUUUUGCAGAGCAGAUGGGAGCAGCUGCAGGACUCUAUUACAAAGAGGAGGAUUUUUCUGAAAAACAUUUGUAGCAUUGCAAUAGAUGGACGAUGGGUGCUUUAUGGCAUGUUGGGAGGUAAAACGGCUGAUGGAGACUUGCUUGGCAAGCUUUUGAGAAAGAGAGGCAAUCUUCUUUGCAGUCUCCUCAGAUCAAGAAGAUUACAGUAUAAAGUAGAGCUGGUCCGGAGUUUCACAGAGCAGGUUUUGUCACACUUCAAGUCAACAGAUCCUCUCUUGUGGCCUGUGAUAGACAGCAUGUUCAACAUGGAGGAUGUUGAAAUGGCUCAUCAACGUAUGCAGGCCAACAAAAAUAUUGGGAAAAUAAUCAUCAAAAUUGGAAACUCUUGAUCAUAUACAAUAAUCAGCAUAGAUAGUCUGUUCGAAUCCUUUGUCUGCUCUUCACUGUUGUAUUAUAAUAAAGGCAAAACACCAAAAAAAAAAAAAAAAAAAAAAAAAAAAAAUUAAAAUAAAAAAAAUCGCCGUAGAUGUUUAAUUUGUAAUUCUGACAUAAGACUUAUACUGUAAUAAUUCUGAAUGGAGUAAAUCAUUAAGAUCACUUACAAAAUCUAUUCAUGUUAAAUGUUGCAUAAAAAGAAUUCACAUAAAUAAAUACCUUAAGGAAGUUUAUAAGAGGAAAACAUAAAGCUUUAGGGUGAAAAAUGGUAUUUUCUGUCUGUGAUGAAGAUCAGAUUAAUUAGAUUAAUUAUUUUUUUCCUGUUUUAAAUCUUCAUAUCAUCUGUUCUCCUAAUUAUGUGUAUUACUUUAAACUGCUGUCUAGUUUAAUCCAGUAUUUAUGAUUUAGGAUAGUUAAGAAAUCUCUAAAUAGUAUGGCUACAAAUGAGGGUUAUUGUUUUUACUUUUGAAUUUAUAAUAAACCUUUGUAUUGUAAAAUAGUUUGAGUUGCUUUUUUUUAUUUAUAGGGCUUCACUAUGUAAAAUAGUAGAAGAUAUGACUGCUAAAUGAAAGUAGCUGACAUGAAUUUCAAAACUGUAAAUCUAAAACUAUUUUAAGUAACAUUUUAAGAACUUAUUGAUUAC